AUGGCGGCGCCUCGUCCACUCGCCCUCUUCCUCGUCGUCCUCCUCCUUACUUCGCUGCCACCUGCGGCUGAAGGCUUGCGGCUCAGCCAGUGGGGCACGCUCGUCUCCUUGUCCCACUCCCUCCUCACCCGGGUCGCCAACGCCCGCGCCGCUCGGGACGACCUCGCCGGCGCAGACCGCGUCAGGAAGAUCGCUGACAAGCUCAGCCUCCUUGGAGGUUCCGGAGGCGGGAUCUGGUCCCUAGGACGGGACUUCGCCUGGAACUACGCCUGGCGAGGCGCAGGGGUCCCGACGGCGGAAAUUUCCCGCGCCACUUCCCGUCUCCUUGAGGCUCUGGCGGAGGCGAGUCGGAUCGAAUCCGCCGCAGAACGGAGCAGGUGGGCGCUUCGCAACUACCGGCAUCUCGUCGAUCUCGCUGAUUCCCUGUUCAAAAGCCUUCUCCGCACCUUCUCGCGAUCGGGGCCAUUGAGGGAGAUGGUGUUGGCAGUGCAGAGGGAGGUGGCCGAGGGGGAGCUGCUCAAGGACUGUUUGGAGAUUGUCGCUGUGGACCUGGAGGGCUUGAUUCGAAUAGUUAGAGAUGCAUUCUUAUCCUCCUCCAAUGUAGACGAAGGGGAGCUCUAA